CCUGUUUACUUCCGGGGUCGAAUAAUUGUCGCGAUUGUGGCUUGCUAUUUUUGAGAGGUGUUGACUUAUCUUUGGCGAAAUUGACGUCAACCGUACAUUUCGACAUCACCAACUGUGUACAGUUUGAAUCACAUUUGAUGCAAUUACGCAAAGGGAGGAGGAUACUUUAGUUAUUUUACCUCUUGCUUUAUUCCUGUAAUUGCACACAAGAUCAUUUCCCCAAAUUGUUUCAAGCCAACAAGUCAAACCAAGCACAAAAAAGUGUUCGAGGCCGCCCGAAGGAAGAGUUAUCACUUCAUAAGCAAUCAUGAGCUACCCACCAUAUGGAGGAGGAGGUUAUCCACCCCAACAGCCUGGUUUCCCUGGAGCACCUGGUUACCCUCAGCCCGGCGGAUACCCACCUCCUGGAGGGGCUGGAAUGCCCACUCCAGAGUCUGCUAAUGCUGCUGCCUAUGGAAGUUCUGCCGGUGGUUUACCCUAUGCCCCACAGCCAGGAGGACCUGGGGGCAUUGGAUUUAAUACGGGUCCCCCCAUGCCCGGAGCUGGCUACCCUGCCCCGAUGCCCGGGGCACAGCCCUCAUACCCAGGACAGCAACCAGGAGGCUACCCGCCCCAGCCCGGCUAUCCAGGUCAAGGCUACCCAGGCCAGGCUCCCGCCCCAGGUUACAACCCACAGCCCCCUGGAGGCUACGGUGGUGCCGCUCCAGCCUACGGACAACCCCAGGGAGGAGCCCCGCCAUAUGGGGCUCCACCAGCAGCGGGUGGUUACGGGGCUCCCCCGGCUGCAGGGGGCUAUGGAGCUCCUCCAGCUGCAGGGGGCUAUGGGGCUCCCCCAGUUGCCCAGCCCCCGGGUGGUUAUGGUGCCCCUCCCAUGUCCCAGCCGGCAGGGGGCUAUGGAGCCCCUCCGGCCACCCAGCCACCCGGCGGUUAUGGGGCACCCCCAGGUGGACAUCCUCCCGCGGGUGGCUAUGGAGCCCCUCCAGGGGGCUACGGUGGAGCCCCUGCACAGCAGCCUCCUGCUAACUAUGGAGGCUAUGGACAAGGACAAGGAGGAGGUGGAGGCUCUGCCAACUAUGGCAAUGUUCCUGGACCAGCCAAGUACAAGAUUCAUGAGGAGGGUACCCUCAAGCCAGCCUCUAACUUCAAUGUAGAACAAGAUGUGCAGGUUUUGAGAAAAGCUAUGAAGGGACUUGGCACUGAUGAAAAGGCCAUCAUAGAUGUGCUUGGUCACCGCUCCUGUGACCAGAGACAGAACAUUAAGAUGAUGUACAAGACAUGCUUUGGCCGGGACUUGGUCAGUGACCUGAAGAGUGAGCUGGGAGGCAGGUUUGAAGAUGCGUCUGUUGCCCUCAUGAUGAAGCGAGAAGAAUUUGAUGCUUACGAGUUGCGCCGUGCCAUGCGGGGAGCCGGAACAGAUGAGGCAGCACUGAUUGAAAUUUUGUGCACAAGAACCAAUGCUCAAAUCCAUUCUCUUACGGCAGCGUAUAAACUUAUGUAUGGAAGGAAACUGGAGGAUGACAUCAUCAGUGAGACAUCUGGCCACUUCAGGAAGCUCCUGGUCUCCAUGUCUGUGGGAGGUAGACAAGAGAACCAGCAAGUGGACAUGAACAAAGCCCAGACAGAUGCCCAGCGCCUGUACCAGGCAGGUGAGAAGAGAUGGGGUACGGACGAGAACACUUUCAACAUGAUCCUGGCCUCCCAGAGCUAUGAGCAGUGCCGAGCCGUGUUUGAUGCCUACAGCCAGGUGUCCAAGCAUGACAUUGAGCAGGCCAUUCGGAACGAGAUGUCUGGUGACGUUUCUUCUGGCAUGCUGACCAUCAUUCGCAUGAUCAGAAGUAAGCACAGCUACUUUGCUGACCGUCUCUAUCACUCAAUGAAGGGUCUGGGUACAGAUGACCGUACUUUGAUUCGAGUGAUCGUGUCCCGCUGUGAGGUGGACAUGAAGCAGAUCAAGGCCGAGUUCCAGAAACGUUACGGGCAAGGUCUGGAGGCGUUUGUCAGGGAUGAUGUGUCUGGUGAUUACCGGAAGUUGAUGCUGGCUUUGAUAUCCGGCUACUGAGGAGCAGUCUCUCACUCAUCACUCUGAACAAACUAGCUCUGCGUUUUGCAAACACUCAUGUGUGCGUAGGCAGUACUGGGUGAUGGUUUCAUAUCACAGUAUGGUGGUUAUUAUGGCAGAGAUUCUGAGCAUGACUUGACACAUCUGGCUGUUUAGAGGAGCAUGUGAUCUGUUUGGUUUUAGGAUUGAUGGGUCACAUUAGAGGUACAUGUACACAUCAUAAUGUCAUUAUUUGUUUUGUUGGGUUUUUUUCUUUCAUGUUAAGAUUGAUUAUUAAAAAAAAACAAUCUGUGACUGAACAAUGUGAUGUUAUUAGUAACUAUACUGUGGGGGAAAAAAGGGGGGGGUUUAUGUUUUCAAUGUGGAGUCAUUCUUUAUUCAAGAACAUUUUGAUGAAUUGUAAUGCUGAAUUCCUUGUUGUUGGUGGAAUAGAGUUAUUGUACCAGACACAGAAGUAGAAAAAUGUCCUGAGGGCAUGAUGGCAGCCUUUAUGUAAAAUGAAAUAACUGUUGAAAGCUAGUAGCGUGCAACUUGGUUGUGCUUUCGAGCAAUGCAGAAAUAUUUAGACAGUUUCUCUGAUUAUUCCGUGCACUGUUUUUUUGUUCCACUAUCUGGUGAGCAGCACUAAGCGCCCAUAGGGUUAGGUGUUUGAAGUCAUGACACAGUAUCGCCUUUUGUUUAUGUUGUAGUUUUGCAUCACAUUUAACUAUUUUAGCCUGUGGUUGUUGUUAUCUGCCUCUGCUUGCUCACACACAGUUUUUAUCAAUAAACUACUCUUAUGUUGUGUACAUAAUCAUGUUUCCUUAAUGCUUUGAUUGUUUUUCUAUUGUUUUGGAACCCUAAGUUUGUCUUCCACGUUACUAUUGUGUUGCCUGUAAAUCUCACUCGUCUCGGUUUAGACCUGGAUAUCUAUUUUGUGAUUCUUUUUUUUUCUUUUAAACAAAAGUAACAAUUUGUUGUAGUUAUACUUUUUCUAAGCAAUUUUUCUCUUAUAAGCUUUAUGUUUUUAUGGGUGAUUUUUAUGUUUGUGUGUGGAGUGUUAGGUUUACAUUUUAUCAUGUGAUCACAUAUUAUGUAUCAGCAAAAUAACCAGUCUUGUACGAUGAGAUUUUCUCGAAAUUCUUGUGUGUAUCAUGUCAUUAAAUUUUCCUUCCCUUUCAUGUCCUGCUUUGUAUGUACUAUCAAAAUCAGAAUAGUUAUUUUUUAUCAUAAUUUUCAAGUUAUAGUCACAGACAGAAGGCCACAGUUAAUGCAGUGAAAUCAAACAAAACUCGGGUGUAGUUAAAAUAGAUGUAUUUUAGUUUCAUGAACUGUGAAAUAUGGCCAGGGUAAGAAAAUGUUUUUAUCUGUUCCAGAUAUUUUGUUUUUGAGCUACAAUUCUCUAAUGUUUCUACUGGACUGAUUUCUCAAAAGCACCUGAUUCCCAAUUGUUGACCUUUAUUUCAUUUUCUUUUGUGUGUUUGUGUGUGUGUGUAUUAAAAGUUUAAAGUGUUUGGAAAUUGUGGUUUUGAUAUCUUAUCUUCCUGUGAAACUUUCUCGUGUAAUGUUAUGGACUGAAGAGAUUGCCUGUGCUGCUGUAGUGUUUGUAACGCCUCUGGUAUUGCUCUCAAGUCUUUCCCUUCUCUAUCGAUGUCAGUUUAUUCAAGUGUUUCUUCACAUGUGAAUCUUGGACUCUUUUAGAAUGUUGUAGAACAUCACUACAACUGGUAGUUAGUUUGUUGUUGGAAGCACCCUCUGACUAGUACAGUGUACUACUUUUUCCCUGUUACUUGCCCUCCAAUAAAAAUGAGAACCUGCCAUCCUAUUAUGUAUCCCGCUAGUCAUAGAAAUUGCUUUAUCAGUUUAUGAACUAUCUGGAAAAUGAAAUAUUGUUCCUUUUUGUUAACAUAAUGGACAAAGAUUUUUCUGAAUAGAUUUCCUUUUUCUUUUUUCCUCAUGGGUGGCCACAUAUCUGUACACAUAAGAUCAUGGUUUUAUGAUUUCUUUUUGUUGUCAUUCUAGAAAUGUGUACUGACCUUGGUAAUCAUGUGAGAAAUUUUGUACUUUGUUUACGCCCUCACAUCAUACUGUUGUCUGACUGGAUUUUUCUUUCUGAAUAAGAUGAAUAAGAAAUUAUCGCACAGCCAGUUGUAUGCAAAUAUUGUUUUCUUACUUCUGUGAUUGCCGAGGAGUUUAAUCAUCACAAGCUAUGUCUUAUUGCAAUCUCAAGAUAGUUAGGAUUCCCCCAUAAAAAAUGUUGAUACUUCAUUGUAGCCUUCUUGUGUUGACCAUCAGUUUUGUUUUAUGUGAGAAUGCUGAUGUCUAAAGUAUUUGUUGUCAUAAUAUCUCACGCCUAGGCUGUGAGAGAGGUCUGGGGCUAACAAGCUGAUAAUGGCAUUCUACCGUUCUGAUAUAGUGCAUCUCUUUAUUGAAAGCACUUAGUUGGAUAAAUCUAAGGCUUUAAUUUUUGAAUUACUGUGAUACCAAUCCAGUUCUGCCGCUUGUUAUAUGACAUAACAUAAGUUUUCAUUGGAAUUGUUCAGUCUCUGUUGACAAAUUGAUAGUUCCAUGAUGUGAGUCAUGUUGUUUCAAUAUCUGCAACGUAUUAUGAGCUGUGAAUUUUACUUCGAAAACAAUUUUAAAAUGUGGAUUAGUGAACAUGCAAAACCCCCCUCCAAAACAAGGACAUCAUAACAAGAAUUACAUUUGGUAUUUGUGAGUGUGUGGGUAUGUGUAGUUGUCUUUUUGUAUGAUUGAAUGUGUACUCAUUUGAGGUCAACAAGUGUGUAUGUCUGUGUUUAUGCUUGAAGGUGCAGAAAUAAUUAUUAUUAGAUGUGCUUGUAUAUUUUUAUUUUUAUAGCAAAUAAUUUUGUACAAUUUUAUUGCUUUUAUUAUGCCUUAAUACUCAUCUGAAAAAUUCAGUGAUAGAGGCACUUGAACAGUUGAUAUGAAACUAUUCAAAUCUUUAUUUAAUUAAAUUCGUUUGGCAGGUCUUAAGUGUAUUCUGAGACUAUUGAAAUAUUUGAUCAGUUAUUUUGCCUCUGAAGAUAUUUCUAAACUACAAUUUUGAGUGUAAAGUGCUAUGUAAGAGGAACGAAGCUCAUCAGAUCUACUACCAGCUAAAAAAAAAAAAAAAAAUGUGCCAAAAUUAUUUUUUUCAUACGCAUUGUCUGUAAUAUAUGAAAUAGAUUGUUUGCUGUAGUUCUGAUGGUGUCUCCCGGCAUGAAAUAUUGCUUUUCGAUGGGUCCCUCAUUGUUUCUUUUUCUUUCUACUUGUGUGUUGGUUUUCCGUUUUAUGGUCUUGUUUUUGAGCUUGCAUCUAUGGGGGUUUCUCUUCUUGAGAUUAUGCUAAGCAUUGUAAGUUUUUUACCUUGAUAGAAAUAAAAGAAACCAAAUAAACUUUAGGCAAUGCAUAUGACUAAUAGUAUAGGUUGUUAGGUAUGUUUCACUUUCACUCUGUUUCUGUAAUAUAUGUUAUAGUUUCUUGAAGACCAUUGAGUUUAGGAUGGUUUGUUUUCCUGACUUGAGUAACAGUGACGGAUGUUUGUGUCCAUGGUGUUAAAUUAAAAAUGUGCUGUCUUAUCAAGGCAGAGUAAGUUGCACCGAGCAUACAAAUGAGCAUUGGCCACUCACAGGUAGAUUCUUGUUAAUAAACAUUUCAGCAUUAGUUUGUCUUCAUCUUUCCUUUUGACUGCAUGUGAUGUGAAGGCUGACAUGUUAACUGUGAUCCAUUAUUUAUAUGAAACUUUGUCCAGUGGUACUGGCUUUGUUCUUACCUAUGAAAAGGCCUACUUAUUACAUCGUGACACAACUAGGCAGCUUUUAAAGAUUGUUUGGAAUAAGUCUUUAUUGAAUUGUUACCUUAAAGUGAAACACGGCGUGGUGUGUCAGUUUUGUACUGGGGAGGUCGUGUGCAGACCAAAGAGGGGGAGCAAACCUUAUCAUGUUGAAACCAUCACCCUUCAAAAAGUGCUAAUUGUUCAGUGUAGGUCUAUGUCUAGAUAGGAUGGUCUAAAGAAAUAAUAUUCACCUUCAACAAAGCCCUGAGCUCACACAGUUAUUAAUUUUGGGAGAUUGAGGUUCGCCUCUCAAUUUUUUUUCCAUACAAUAUAGGAAAUCUUUAUUUUGUGUUACUUGAUUGUUUGCCCCAAACUUCUUACUCUCUAAGAAGUGAAAUUUUUGUCCACGUUUGAAGGAUUUGAUGAGAAAGAUAGGGUUUUUUUGUCUGUUUUUUGUUGGUUUUUGAGUAAGCAUGUCCGGGCAGAUGAUUUUCCUUUGGUCUUUUAUUUUUUUAAUUAGAAUAAAUGGAACAAGUUGAAUAUAUGAAUUAUCUAGUUUCCCUACACCUUCUAAUACAAAUGUAUUUUUUCUUGAUUGAUAUUUUACUGAUAUAAUACCCCUUUUUGAUUGCUUCAGUGUUGCUUGUAUUAAAAUUAAUGCAUGAUAAAAUCGAUCAUACACGGUAUUAGCUCCUUUAAAUGUUUAUCUCCUUUAUUGUCAAAUAAUAUCCGGGAAAUUUGCAGGCCAAUCAAGAUUUCCAUUAAUUGUUAUCUCUCAUAGAGAUAUGAAUAAAUGGUAUUGCCAUCUUUUUGUACUCCUGAUCUGUAUUGCUUUCCAAUUGGAUCUUGGUAUCAACAAGGACUCCAGGGCUACCCUUUCUUCUGACUACUUUCAAGAUUUUCUAGGAUUGCUUGCCUCGUUUUUUGAGUGUGGUAGCAGAAGUAUGUGUGUAUUAAUCAUUUCUGUGGUGUGAAUUACCUGCAAAUUAUUUGACAUUUAAUCUUUUGUUUUUCAUGUAAAGUAAAUUUGAUAUCUUGAUAUUUAAGAAAUAAAAUUAUUAUCCUCAGCAAA